GUUUUGACCAUACAAAAAUGACAAAAUAGAACUAUAAUUUUGAAACGAAUAGAGUAUAUAUAUAUAUUUUUAGAAUUUUGAAAAUUCUCAAAAAUCUUUAUCAAAAUAAAGCCUAGAAAAUUGGUCCAACAGCUUGUCAAUGAACGCGUAUUAGUCUACAUCGAUGAAAUAGUAUUGUUAAUGUCUUAUUAAUAUAGCUAACCCUAUAUUGUUCCCUGUCUAAUAAUCUUAUUUUAAGGGUUUUUUUUGGAUUUUGAUCAAAAAAGAUUUGGUUUAAAAUUUAUAUUAAAAUAAUAUUUAAUUUAAUAUUUUGUAAAAAAUAUAUAUUUAUAUAUUUAUAAAAAACCCACAAAAUUCAUGUAGUAAAAAACCAGCCGAUAAUAGACUGGAAAGUAAGUUCGACAAGGCGGGAGGACAUACCGAGUUGACUUUUAUUUUGUAUAAGGUUCUUUCAUCGUACUCAAAACAAUUUCCAAGUCCUAGAUUUCGAGGUCAACUCCAAAACCAGGACAGGGCCAUCAUAUUACUCUCUCUCUUUCUCCAAAAUCAUGAUUUGACUUUUAAUUCUCUACAACUGUUCUUCUCAAGCAAAGUAGUGAGGACAAAUGAAGACAGUGAUGUAUAUAUAUAUAUAUAUACAUACAGCAGCUAGCUAGCACAUGCAAAACCCCAAAACUUACGUUUGAAGUCUUUGAGUCUUGAUCAAACAGUUUUAGAGAGAGAGAGAGAGAGAGAGUGUGUGUAUAAUGGCAACGUUAAUUUGUCUAAUAGCAUCUGAGAAGACCUCCUCUAUCGUUCAAUCCACCCAUCCAUAAUCAACCAAUAACCUUAAUUCUUCCUAGUACUCGAUCGGGACGAUGAUCUUUAAGGUUUCAAAACCACGUCUCCUCCGAUUAUUACACCUGUUUCUGCUGCUCGUCGGCGUCUCCGCCGGCGUCGUCGCCACCUUCGUCCUCACAACCUUCUCCUUCCCCAUCCAGAUCUUCUUCUUCUCCCAGCACCUCCCUCCUCCAUCAAAUCACAGCCUCCUCACUUCUAAUUGGACUUCCAACCCCAAUCAGAUCAAUCAGACAUCAUCAAUGGAUUCCAUCUUGAUGCACGACAUGCCCGACGAUGUGUUGCUUACCGUGGCUUCCAAAGUAGUUAACAAUAAUUCAAACCCUAAAAUCGCCUUCAUGUUCCUCACUCCUGGCCCAUUGCCCCUCUCCCCUUUCUGGGAGAGCUUCUUCCAUGGCCACCAUGGCUACUACUCCAUCUACGUCCACCCCCACCCCUCCUUCAAUUACUCCUUCCCUCCUUCCUCCCCCUUCCAUGCCCGCCGCAUCCCCACCCAGGCGGUGCAAUGGGGCACGAUAUCGAUGAUCGACGCCGAGAGGAGGCUACUGGCCAACGCCCUGCUCGACCCAUCGAACCGGCGGUUCGUGCUCCUCUCCGACUCGUGCAUCCCGGUUUUCAAUUUCACGACGGUCUACGGCUACCUCAUGGGAACCAACCGGAGCUUCGUCGGAUCCUUCGACGACCCGAGGAAAUCAGGCCGUGGCCGCUACAACAACCAGAUGUCGCCGGCGAUCUCUAUCGACCAGUGGCGGAAGGGCUCCCAGUGGUUCGAGGUCCACCGCGACCUCGCCGUGAAGAUCGUCGCCGACCGGAAGUACUACGACCUCUUCCGCCAGCUCUGCCUCCCGCCUUGCUACAGCGACGAGCACUACCUGCCGACGCUGCUCAAUGUCCUCUUUCCGGCGAUGAACUCUAACCGGAGCGUCACGUGGGUCGACUGGUCGCGGGGCGGGCCCCACCCGAAAAAGUUCGGGUGGAUCGAUGUCAAUGGUGAGCUGCUGAAUUGGAUCCGGGUCGGGUCUGAAUGUGAAUACAAUGGGGAAAAGACCAAUUUGUGCUUCCUUUUCGCUAGGAAGUUCUGGCCGAGUGCUAUUCGGCCGUUGAUGAAAAUUGGACCGUCGAUUCUAGGGUUUACCCCUUGAUUUUUAGAUUUAUGAAGCAAUUAUUUUAUUUUAAUUCUUUAUCAAAUACUAUCAGUUUAAUUAUGUGUCGAGUAUAUUCUAAU